AUGGUGGCGAUUAAUGUUCCGGACAAACUAAUCUCCGAAGAAAUCGAAAAGUAUAUGUGCAUCGUGUAUCGAAUCGUCGGAAUAUGUUUGGGCAUUCCAAAUGACACCUUCAGUUGGUAUUAUUACGAUGACCAUAAUCAAUGUUUUUUGUAUAAAAAUAUCACGCCACUAAAAUUUUACGAAAUUUUGGUUAAACCGACUUUUGACGUCGACGAUAAGGUAAUGUAGACAAAGUAACAGAAGACCCGAUACUAAUGAUAGGGUGCCACUGUUAUAGGAGGGUAGGUAGUUUGAAAGAUAGGUUAUUUAGAGUUAUUUAAUUUAAAACAUCAACAUUUUGGUUUGGCCAGAAAAUCAUAUUUACAUAAAAACCAAAUAGAAACCAAACACUUUUGAAAAUAUAAAAUGCCUAUGAACAAAUUAAAAACCGCAAAAAUAAAAGAACGACGUCUAGAGAAGACCAAUAUAAGUUUUUUAUAAACAUUUCAGGGCUCAAUGAUUAUUGUUAAAUAAAUAAGUAAAUAAAUGGAGUAUUAUGAAAUGUGUAUUGUACGACCGGUUUUGAAUUAAAAAUUCAUCGCCAGGUAAAAUCAAAAAGUCAAAAAGUAAAACGCAACUUUUUGUCUGUGGAUAAAAUUGUUAGAUCAAACAUAAAUUCUUGAAAAAUGAACAGAAAGUACAUUACAAGUAGUACUUUAUUGUAAAAUAAAAAAAAAUAUAGUGUAAUGUAGAAAUAUUUUUUAAAAGAGUUUUAAUAUCAAAUCGACAAAAUUUGAAUCGAAUUUGACAAAAAUCGUGAAUAUUACGGACUUUCAAAAUAUGUAUAACCGAACUCCAUUUAGAUUCAUUUUUCAUUAUUAAUGAUUAGUUUUUAUGUAUAGAUAAAUUUCUCUUUGUAUCCUUCCUUCCCAACUUCUCACCUACAACAGAGGCCCACCCAUUCUGUGAAGUAUGUCCGUUUUUUUAUGAUACAUAUUGUACUUUUAUUUAAAGGUUUUUGUUAUGUGGCUUGUUGAGUAUGGUCACCAUGUCUUAAUUUACUUUAUUAAAAAUGAACUAGAUCCAAAUAACUACUAUAAAAAACUCCCUUAUCGUUUUUUGAUUGGAGUAAGAUUUCUGAUGGAAAAAUUAUUCAAAGAUACAAAAAAUAAAAAUUACACACAUCAUAGUAAAACCAAUACAUAUCUCACUGCUCUUAAAAUUAAAAAAAAAUAACAGUUUUUUUAAAAAUAUAAUUUUUUUUUCUAGGUAUCUUUAAUAUGUGACCCGAGACCGAAAAACAAAUUUGGUAAGUUGUAUACGGUUGACAUGAGCGGAAACGUUAAGGAGGGCUCGAAAAUGUUGUGUAACAAUCAACCGAUCGAAGUACUAUUGGAAGCGUGCAAACUAUCAAUCAGUGAACUCCAGGAACCAGUUUGGUACAGUUGUGAAGUUGAAAAAAAUUUUUCCAGUAAACUAGGAUCAGAAGACUUACAGUUGUACGUAUUAUCAGUGUAGUGCACUUGUAAAUAGUACCUACAUAGAUUUGUGUUUCGAUAUACAAAACUGAUUUUAUACAUUUUUAUGUUCAUUGGUGUUAUUAGACAUGACAUCAAACUGUUAUUCGGUACUGAUAUAUCAAUCCCGAUGACCAAAAGCGAACGGAUUUUAUAUCGUGAUUCCGCCGCAACGCACGCAAUGGUAUUGACUGGUGUCCAUAUAGAAGUACCUACCUAUUUAAAUGUAUUUAUAUAGUUUUAAAAAGUCACGAUGUUUUAUUAUAAGGUGACCAUACUUCCUGUUUUAUGCAGGAUUGUCCUUUUUUUCAGCUUUGUGUCCUGUUGUCCUGACAAACUUCUUUCAGGACGCUAUGUACCUUGUAUCUUUGUAGAUAUACAUAUUUUAUAGUUUUAACAUAAGUACAGGUUAAAAUUUAAUGUCAUUUUUGAAUAAAAUGAAUUUGUUGACACAAAUAUUCUUCAUAGACUAUGAUAGUGAUUGCGAUUAAAUUCAUGAAAAAUAAUAAUCACAAGAAUCGAUACCGAUAAUAAUAUAUCAUAAAAUUAACAAAAAAAAAUAUAAUAAUUAAUAAAUAUUACUUUGAAUAUAUUACUAAAAUUAUUUUGUCCGGUUUUUUAUUUUUUAAAUAUGGUCACAUAAUUUUAAUAUAAUAUUGUAGUUCGUAACAAAACAAUGUACAAACGUUUUAUUUGAACACGGUUCAAAAGAUCAUAUUUUAUUUACCUGCAGUGUGGCAUAUUUAGGAUAUCUUCUGCAAUGAGAAUGUUUUUGAACUUGAAAAAUGUAUAAUAUUUAAUACUUCUAAAUUUGAAAUUAAUUGGAAGUCGAUUCAAAAAUAAAAAUCAGAGGGAAGUAUAAUAUCCCCCUCGCCCUUCCCUAAAUAUGCCACUGUAUUUUGUGUUACUUUACGACUUAAAUGAAUAAUAAACUAUCAAUAGUUAAAAUGUAUUUGAAAAAAAAAACCUAAGUAUAAAACUGCUAUAUCACAUAGGAAAAUGGUGAAGUUACUCGAUGGAGUGUAGAAAAUUCUUGGGGAAUAAAUGCGAACCAUAAUGGACACAUAACAAUGACCACCGAAUGGUUUAAGGAGUACGUAUUCGAAGUUAUCGUCGACAAGAGAAUAUUGCCACGAUAUGUGUUGGAUGUAUUUAAUCUUGAACCGAUAGUAUUGCCGAUCUGGGAUCAAUAUUUUGGCAGUAUUUCGUUUGUAAAUUAAGUUAACCCGUACAAAUUUACCAAGUGAAAAAUUGUUGCCACACAAAAAAUCAUGUAAAAAUACUAUUCAACAUUUCAAUUUAUUUAAAAAUGUACCUGUCAUUUUUAUAGGUAUUAUAAGGUAAUAUAGAUAUAUCUACGUCCACUAAAUAAAUUUAACUUCAAAUUUUAUCUAUAAUAUGAAUACAAUAGUAAAACAAUUAUUAUACUAUGUAUAAACAAUUGCAGGUUGCAUAUUAUAAAACAUUAGUAAGUUUUUAAUUGUUAAUAGUAAAUAUAAUAUACUUGCAUAUAUAUACAUGAUACACAUUCUAUAAUUUAAAGUCAUUUGUUUUAAAAAAUAAUUGUUUUAACUGUAUAAUAUCUUUAGAAAUGAAAAAUAAAUGUUUAAAGAGUUUAAUUUCUGCAUAUUUGUUUAUAUGAUGACGUUUUGAUGUGGAUAAAUAAUUAAUAUUCAUUUUCCCCAAAACAAACUUAACAAAUCUAGUAUUAUAAUAUAGUAAGCCCAUUUCCACUGUUAAAAUAUGUUUUAAUUCCACGUAACUGUAAUGUGUCUUUUAAAAUAAUCAAUAUAUUUUAUUAUGUUUGUAGAAAUUAUUAUUAUUAAAAAAAAAAAAAAAAAAAAAACAAAAUAUUUUUAUUUGUGUGAAAUAUGUUAUGCAGACAACAAAACUAUUGUAGUAAUAUGUUUAAACAUCUGACAAACUUUAUAGUGGAAUAAAAAUUAUCUAUACAGGACAAUUAACAUAAAGUAGGAUAUUCAUUAUUUCAGAUAGUAUCAAUUUUUUUCGGAAUUUUUUUUUAGAAUAUUUAAGAAACUAUUAGCUCUAAAAUGAUAUAUUGCUCUUUUUUUUGUUACUCUUUAUUUUAAGGGGUGAACCUAAUAUACCUACUUUUGAUUUUUAAUGGUGAUAACUUAUAAUGAUGAUAACUUAUAUUACAAAUUCCGUAAAUAAACGGAGUCUUGGUCUAAAUCAAUUUUAGUGUUGACAUUUUUAAUUUCCAUCAACCCGUUGACGAGAUAUUACACUUUUAAGUUUUUAUCGAGGGGAGAGUAGUGGUAUAUCGUGAUAUACAUGGCACGUAAAGUUCCAUAAUAAUGUCAAUAAUGUUCCACCAUUCUCCCUUUAUCUAAACUUAAUGAGAAAUAUCUCGCCAACGGAUUGACAGAAAUCAAAUAUUUUAACACCAAAAUGCAUUCAACUUACUCCUCUAUUUAAAAAUCAAAAGUAUAGGUAAUGGUUUCAUUCCUUGAAAAAAAGGCAACAAAAAGUAGCUGAAAUAUAAUAUUUUAAUAUAAUACUUAAUUCUUGUACGAUUUCAACAAUACAAAUUACAGACAGGUAAUCGGAAGUUCCUAGUAGGAAUGAAUAAGUUGAAUUAAGUUCAUAUUCAAAGAAAGAAAAAUAAUGAUUUAUGUUAAUAGUAAACAAAAUAGUUUUGUCUACAUAAACAAACGCAGUCACUGCCUUUUUUUGUUUUAUCAUAUUUUUAACCGAUUACGAACUAGAUACUAUAUUCAUAUAUUAUGAUAUUACCAAUUUUUAUGUUAUCUUACAAAUUAGGGUUUAUAAUGUUUAAAUUAUAUUUUGCUCAAAUUAUCUACUUAAUAAAUAAAAAUCAAGAAAUAACAUCGUAUCUAAACUAGGAGGUUUGAAUUGGAGUUGUAAUGCAAAAAUCCCUACGGACGUCUGUAAUAGCGCUAGUAUACAGUGCAGUCGAAUAUUGCUCUCCGGUUCAGACUAGAAGUGCACAUUUCCAUAAAGUUGACACAGAACUUAACGGAAACAGUUUGAUUCACUCAAGUACAAUAGCUGUCGACACUUACUAAUAUAGUGCCAUCAGACUUACGUAGAUUGGAAAUUUGGAACACAUAGAAAAAAUUGUUCUAAAAAUAAUAAAUUACUUCACAGAGCACCCUCACCAAAAAGAUUGAAAUCAAGACACCUAAUAAGGGACCUGGAAUCCACGAAAAAUACAAUAGUGGAAGUGUGGAAAAAGCGAUGUUUCCCUGGUUUCGAGCUUCCGAGGAAACUGUGAGCAUCAUUGAAUAG